AUAAAAUCAUUUAAUACUUUCAAACAAAAUUUUUUUUUUUACAUUUUUUAAGGAAUGGCGAUGUCUAUCUGUCUGUCAAUCGGUCGGUCGUCCACUACUGUCCAGACUGAAUAUCUCACCAACUAUUGGAUGGACUGGAUGAGGCCUGGGCAGUGGGGGGAGCACGUGUCGCCUCCCGAAGGCUGUUUACAGUGAGCUGUACUGAAACUGUGUGCACCACCAUGCCUCAUCAUACUCUAACACCAACUGUCCACAGGCAGCUGCAGGAUGGCCGGGAGCUUCUUCAAAGGACACUUCCUCUCCUUAUUCGACUACAAAACGGAAAAAUACAUUGUCGCCAAAAAUAAGAAAGUUGGGAUUUUGUACAGACUUAUUCAGUUAUCUAUCAUCGGUUAUAUUAUAGGGUGGGUUUUUGUAAGUAAGAAAGGCUACCAGGAGACAGACGAGGCCAUCCAGAGUUCUGUCAUAACAAAACUGAAGGGAGUCUCAGUGACUAACACCACUGAGUCUGGUCUGCUGGUGUGGGGACCGGAGGACUAUGUCAUCCCACCACAGGGUGAAGCUGUUCUGUUUGUUGUAACCAAUUUCUUAGAGACGCCAAACCAGAAGCUGGGACACUGUGCUGAGAACCCCAAAGUGCUGCAUGGGCACUGUCGAGAUGAUGGGGACUGUGAAGAGGGAAAAAUUGUAGUGGCCGGAAACGGAAUUAUGAGUGGACGAUGCUUAAGACAAGAUGAAAACUCCACUGGUACCUGUGAAAUUUACGGCUGGUGUCCCAUUGAAAGAAAAUUCAAACCACAAGGGCCUCUACUGACAAACGCUGAAAACUUCACAAUCUACAUCAAGAAUUUCAUCCAGUUUCCCAAAUUCACAUUUUCAAAGUCCAACGUCCUUGAAACAACUGAUGACUCCUAUUUGAAGAAAUGUCGAUAUGAUGAAGAGCUCCACCCCUACUGCCCCAUUUUUAGCCUGGGAGACAUCACCAGGCAAGCUGGAUACAACUUCCAGGACAUGGCCACAUUUGGUGGCUCCAUUGGCAUUAUGAUACACUGGGACUGUGACCUUGACAAAGGCUACUCUAAGUGCCAUCCACAGUACCACUUUACUCGGCUGGACAUGAGUGUCUCCAACAAGACCAUCGCAAAAGGAUUUAACUUCAGACACACUCGGUAUUUCAAAAAUGCUGUUGGUGAGAGCUAUCGAUCUCUGUUCAAAGUCUAUGGUGUCCGAUUUAACAUCAUGGUGCAUGGAAAGGCCGGGAAGUUCAGCAUCAUCCCAACAGCCAUCAAUGUUGCUUCAGGACUGGCUUUGAUGGGCGCUGGAGCUUUCUUCUGUGACAUGGUCCUUCUCUACUUGAUGAAGAAGGGCGACUCUUAUCGUGAGAGGAAGUUUGAAGGAUCCAGAACUAAACAGAAAUCAACAUCUGAAGACAACAGUGAGGAAGACAGAAAGGAGGAGGAGAAUCUGACGUUUUAGUCUUUUCACUACGUGAGAAGAGUUUGUAGAACAUGCCCUUGUUGGUUAUAGUAUAACAAUAAAUAUAAUAUUAUAAAAAUGGCAUACUGUGUAGCAGUACUGUAUAACUUAUGCUGUACUGGUGUGGAGCUCUUGUAAGAUGAGGCAUCAGCUUCAAAAAUGUAAUUUUGUUGAAUUUGUCAGUUUUAAGAUGCUAGCAUAUUUUGCCUUUGUAACAACUCUAUGUUUUGUAACUUCAAAACGAUAAUUAAAAACAAUGAUGAACAGA